AUGCAUUCACUCGAGGGCGGUCACCGCCGUGGCUCCGCCUCCUGUUGUGACGUGUGCUACGCUUGGGCCUCCUUCCUCGCCUGGACUGCAAUAAUUUUCAUCCUAAUCUUCGGAAUCGCCUUCUUUGCUUUCGUUCGAUCUAACCUACCGGAAAUUAAAGUCCAUCGGCUUGAUGUUUACAAGCUUAACGUCACGGAGCCGAAGAACAAACAGAACAAGGAUAAACAAUUAACGAUUGAUGUUCAGAUAAUGGUUAAUGUGACCAACAAUAACAAGAAGAUGACACUUGUUUAUGGGAAAUUGCAUGUGGAGACCAAGGUUGAGGGUUUCUCAUUGCCAAAUGUUCGUUUGGAUGGGUUCAGGCAGAAUGCGAUGACGACUAAUGAUCUGAUGAUCCAUCCGAAGGCUAUGAGAUUGGGGGUGAACGACGAUGAUGCUAAACAAGUGAAAUUGACUGCGGAUCAACGUGAAUUGGUGUUGAAUUUGAAGAUGAAGGGAAAGAUCCAGUUUUGGUUCAAGGGACAAGUGAUGAGUAACUUGCAUGUCAAGGUUUCGUGUAAUGGUGUUGAACAGUCUCAGAUUGAUCAAGCCAUUGCACAUGCAUGCAAUGUCAAAUUACAGUUGUUCAGUUGA